UCUUAUUGUCUCAAAGUGAAAGAAAUGGAUGAUGAAGAGUUCAGCUAUUCGGCCCUUCAGGAACCUUUGUACCGUGUAGAGACAGGAAACUACGAGUAUAGAUUGGUGCUACGCUGCCGACAGUUGGCAAGAGCUCGAUUUGCGAAGAUGCGCAACGACGUGCUCAUCAAAAUUGAACUGCUUGACAAUAAGCACGGUACCUCUUUUGGCAUGAAUGCAUAUAAAUUUGCGUGUUUAUUUCGGAUAUACGCUAAAUAA